GCUAUCGGGUGGAACACAAGCUAUCCGCUCAGCCCUGGCCUUCUGCCAUGGAAAAGAGUCAUGUAAAGCGGGAGGUGAAGAGGCUGCUGGGAGAGUAUAUCGGCAUCAGACUUCGGGAAAAUGAAUUUGAUCCAAAAGGAAGAGGUCAACUCACCUUUCUAGAUGAGAUGGUAAAGAGUGUCCUGCUGGUGCAACUCCCAUUGUGUUCUGCCCACUAUGACCUGGCCAUCAGUGUUGCUUGUCAAUGGGUAGAUCCCUCAGAAGAUUUAACUUGGCUCCAGUGGGAGAAACUGAAAGCUCCACUUCGCGGCAGACCCAUGUAUCCAAACCGAAGAGAGCGUGAAGCAGUGAUCUUAUCAUCUUACGCUGGAGUCUUAAUGAACAGUAUCCCAAUUGAGGAAGUCCUGAAAAUUUACGGGGCCCAUUCGUCUACUGAACCUGAUUCUACAAAGGUCUCCCCGGCUCUGUUGCCCCGCCGCUCCUUGCACCCUUUUGCCAUGUUGACAGCACCCAACGCAGCAGAGUGCAACCGCAGACAGAGUGUCAAGCUGAGGAGAGGGGCAAUGCCAAAGAAUGCCUCCAGCGGCUCUACCAAGAAAGCAAUGGUUCAGAAUAAAAAUCCUGGAAACGAUGCUCAUAUGCGCAGCUCAAGAACAAGGUCACCUAGAAAUGAGAACUAGCACCAUGGUUGCGUAAGAGCCUCUGGGAGCAGACAGGAAGCUUCGCCUUAAAGCUGCAAUCGUCACCAGCGCACCCUUUCUCCGCAGUCAGCCGUUGCUGUAAACGGCAUUGCCUCUCAAGCCUGCCCUUAGCCUUCUUCUCUUGGAAGCAUAUU